AUGCACAUUGGUGCUGUUGAAUUAGAAAACUUGCCUUUAAAGAAAGAUGCCUUGAAAGAACUGGAAUUACCAUUUGAAGUCAAAGCUGGCUUAAUUGGGAAGGUAACCCUUCAGAUUCCCUUCUAUCGCCCCCAUGUGGACCCUUGGGUGAUCUCCAUCUCCAGCCUUCACUUAAUUGGAGCCCCUGAAAAAAUACAGGAUUUCAAUGAUGAAAAGGAGAAGCUGUUGGAAAGGGAACGCAAGAAAGAUCUCCUUCAAGCCCUGGAGGAAAAGUGGAAGAACGAACGCCAGCAGAAAGGGGAGUCCUACUGGUAUUCAGUUACCGCCUCUGUGGUUACGAGAAUUGUGGAGAAUAUUGAAUUAAAAAUUCAAGAUGUCCAUUUGCGCUUUGAAGACGGUAUUACCAAUCCUUCCCAUCCUUUUGCGUUUGGCGUCUGCAUUAAGAAUGUGUCCAUGCAGAAUGCUGUGAACGAGCCUGUACAGAAAUUAAUGCGGAAAAAGCAGUUAGAUGUGGCAGAGUUUAGCAUCUAUUGGGAUGUCGAUUGCACUUUAUUGGGGGAUUUGCCUCAGGUGGAGUUACAGGAGGCCAUGGACAAGAGCCAGGAGAGUCGAAACCAUCACUACAUCCUGGAGCCUGUGUGCGCAUCUGCUCUUCUGAAGAGAAACUGCUCUAAAGAGCCUCUGAGGUCUCGGCACACUCCCCGUAUUGAAUGUGAUAUUCAUCUGGAGACCAUUCCCUUGAAACUCUCUCAGUUGCAAUACCGGCAAAUCAUGGAAUUCCUCAAGGAGCUGGAACGAAAGGAGAGGCAGUUGAAGUUCCGAAAAUGGAAACCCAAAGUGGCCGUAUCUGAGAACUGCCGAGAGUGGUGGUAUUUUGCUCUGAAUGCCAACCUGCAUGAGAUCCGGGAGCAGCGGACACGCUGCACGUGGGACUUCCUGUUGCACCGGGCCCGUGAUGCCGUAUCCUACACCGACAAAUACUUUACCAAGUUGAAAGGAGGCUUGCUGUCUGCAGACGACAAGGAGGAAGUGUGUCGGAUUGAAGAGGAACAGAGCUUUGAGGAAUUGAAGAUUUUGCGUGAACUGGUUCAUGAACGAUUUCACAAACAGGAAGAACUGGCAGAGAGCUUACGAGAACCUCAGUUGUAUUCUCCGGGAGAGUCUCCUGGAGACCCAGAACCCAGUGGAGGCAGCGGGAUGCUGCAGUACCUUCAGUCCUGGUUUCCUGGCUGGGGCGGCUGGUAUGGGCAGCAGACCCCUGAAGGGAAACCAGUCGAGGGCCUGACUGCGGAGCAGCACGAACACUGGACUCCUGAGGAGAUCCUGGGCUCCGAGGAGUUUUUUGACCCCACUGCAGACGCCUCUUGUAUGAACACGUACACAAAGCGAGACCAUGUCUUUGCCAAACUGAACUUACAGCUGCAGCGAGGGACCGUGACUCUGCUGCACCAGGAGCAGGGAGCUGCCCAGAUGAAUCAAAGUGCUUUCAUGCAGCUUGAGUUUUCAGGUGUAAAACUUCUAGCAGAAUCUCUUCCUCGAAGAAACUCCUCCUUGCUUUCAGUCCGGUUGGGUGGACUGUUUCUUCGAGACCUGGCCACAGAAGGGACUAUAUUUCCUCUUCUGGUCUUCCCUAAUCCACAAAAAGAAGUUGGCAGAGUCUCACAGUCUUUUGGACUCCAAACAGCAUCUGCAGACAGAAGCGAUCAUUACCCUGCUGCAGACCCAGAUGACCCAGUUUUUGAGAUGCUAUAUGAGAGAAAUCCAGUGCACAGCCAUUUUGAGAGGCGGCUGAAUGUCAGCACGAGGCCCUUGAACAUCAUAUAUAAUCCCCAGGCUAUUAAAAAAGUAGCAGACUUUUUCUACAAGGGAAAGGUUCAUACCUCAGGUUUUGGUUAUCAGUCUGAACUUGAGUUGAGAGUGGCUGAAGCUGCCCGCAGACAAUAUAACAGACUGAAGAUGCAGACCAAGGCGGAAAUCCGACAAACUCUUGAUCGUUUGCUAGUGGGUGAUUUCAUUGAGGAGAGUAAACGGUGGACUGUGCGACUAGACAUUUCUGCCCCUCAGGUGAUAUUUCCUGAUGAUUUCAAAUUCAAGAAUCCCGUGUUGGUUGUUGUGGAUCUAGGCAGAAUGUUCUUGACCAAUACCCAAGAUGACUCCAAGAGGAAGAGUGGGGACGGGUCAGCAUCCGAAGAGAAUCAGUUUAGUGAUGAUGAGUAUAAGACCCCUCUUGCCACACCUCCUAACACCCCACCUCCUGAGACAAGCAGCAGUAAUAGGGAGCAAACACCUCCAUUUUCUGGAGUUGAAUUCAGUGAAGAGCAGCUUCAAGCACAUUUAAUGAGCACGAAGAUGUAUGAGAGGUACUCGCUGUCCUUUCUGGACCUCCAGAUCAUGGUUGGACGAGUGAAGGACAACUGGAAGCAUGUCCAGGAUAUUGAUGUGGGACCGACCCAUGUGGUCGAGAAAUUCAAUGUUCACCUACAGUUAGAACGCCGAUUGAUUUAUACUUCAGAUCCCAAGUACCCUGGAGCCGUGCUAUCAGGCAACCUACCAGACCUAAAGAUCCACAUCAAUGAAGAUAAAAUAUCUGCUCUAAAGAAUUGCUUUGCUCUCCUGACCACCCCAGAAAUGAAGACUUUUGACACUCAGAUUAAAGAGAAGAUUUUUCCCCACGGGGGACAGCGGGGAAGUUUGCAAGACUCGGUGAUGAAUUUAACCCAGAGCAUCGUGAUGUUGGAGCAGCAUACCCGGGAGGUUCUGGUGGAGUCACAGCUCCUCCUGGCUGAAUUUAAAGUGAACUGUAUGCAGCUUGGUGUUGAGAGCAAUGGCCGGUACAUUUCUGUGCUCAAGGUAUUUGGUACCAACGCUCACUUUGUGAAGAGGCCUUAUGAUGCUGAAGUCUCCCUCACUGUUCAUGGUUUGCUCCUGGUGGACACCAUGCAGACAUAUGGUGCUGAUUUUGACCUUUUGAUGGCCUCUCAUAAGAACUUGAGCUUUGAUGUCCCAACAGGAAGCCUCCGGGAUAGCAGAGCCCAGUCUCCUGUCUCUGGAUCCAACGUGGCCCACCUCACUAAUGCUGCCACACUGAACGACCGAUCAGCCACUAGUGUUUCUCUUGACAGAAUUCUCACCAAAGAACAAGAGUCCCUCAUAAAACUGGAGUAUCAGUUUGUGAGUUCAGAGUGCCCAUCGAUGAAUUUGGACAGCACUCUUCAGGUGAUUUCAUUACAGGUGAAUAAUUUGGAUAUCAUCCUAAAUCCAGAGACAAUUGUGGAGCUGAUUGGUUUUCUUCAGAAAUCCUUUCCCAAGGAAAAAGAUGAUUUGAGUCCUCAACCUUUAAUGACUGAAUUUGAAAGAAGCUUUAGGGAACAAGGAACCUACCAAUCUACAUAUGAACAAAACACCGAGGUUGCAGUGGAAAUCCACAGACUUAACCUGCUGCUCCUUCGGACAGUGGGAAUGGCAAAUGGAGAGAAAUAUGGCAGAAAAAUUGCAACAGCAAGUAUAGGUGGCACCAAAGUUAACGUCUCCAUGGGCAGCACAUUUGACAUGAAUGGUUCUCUUGGCUGUUUGCAGCUUAUGGAUUUGACACAGGAGAAUGUUAAGAACCAAUAUGUUGUCAGCAUUGGGAAUUCCAUAGGCUAUGAAAAUAUCAUCAGUGAUAUUGGCUACUUUGAGUCUGUAUUUGUCAGAAUGGAAGAUGCAGCCGUCACUGAAGCUCUGAGUUUCACCUUUGUUGAAAAAUUUAAACAGGAAUGUUUUCUCAACCUCAAGAUGGCUUCCUUGCAUUACAACCACUCCGCUAAAUUUUUGAAGGAGUUGACAUUGUCCAUGGAUGAGCUGGAAGAAAAUUUUCGAAAUAUGCUGAAAAGCGCAGCCACCAAAGUCACCACAGUCCUAGCCACCAAGACGGCCGAGUACAGUGAGAUGGUAUCACUCUUUGAAACUCCAAGGAAGGCCCGGGAAUGCUUUAUCUUAGAAGAAAAUGAAACAUAUGGGUUUGGCCUAGGUGCAUCUCAUUCCGACACUGUAAAACUAAUCUUGAACAUAAACAUUGAAUCACCAGUUGUUUCUAUCCCUCGGAAGCCUGGGAGUCCUGAGUUGUUGGUAGGACACUUGGGACAGAUAUUCAUCCGGAAUUUUGUGGCGGGAGAUGAUGAAUCCAGAAGUGACCGUCUGCAAGUGGAAAUCAAAGACAUUAAAUUAUAUUCUUUGAAUUGCACCCAGCUGGCAGGCAGAGAGGGCCCUGGGCCUGAAGUGAGCCGGGCGUUUUGCCCUCCUUCUGGGUCUGCCAGUGCCAGUAGUCAGGAGGAAGCUCAUUUCACCCGACAUGAUUUCUUUGAAUCUUUGCAUAGAGGUCAAGCUUUUCACAUCCUGAACAACACGACCAUUCAGUUUAAACUGGAGAAGAUCCCUAUAGAGAGAGAAUCUGAAUUCACUUUCUCCCUUAGUCCAGAUGACCUGGGAACUUCUAGCAUCAUGAAGAUCGAAGGAAAAUUUGUCAAUCCGGUGCAGGUGGUGUUAGCAAAGCAUGUAUAUGAGCAGGUUUUACAAACUCUGGACAAUCUCGUGUACAGUGAAGAUCUGAAUAAGCUUCCAGUCAGUGCCACCUCCUCACCUUGCCCUAACUCUCCUCUGCCUUCCCUCGGUACCUGUGGAGAACCUUCCAUUGAAAGGAAGGAGAACGGAUUGUUCAGCCACUGCAGCCUUUCUAACUCUUCUCAAAAGUCCUUGUCUUUUAAGGAAGUCAGAUCUUUUACCCAGAUUCAAGCCAACUUCUGUAUAUCAGAACUUCAAGUUCAGCUAAGUGGAGAUCUGACUUUGGGGGCACAAGGUCUUGUGAGCUUAAAAUUUCAGGAUUUUGAGGUGGAAUUCAGUAAAGACCAUCCUCAGACUUUAUCCAUUCAGAUCGCCCUGCGCUCUCUGCUGAUGGAAGACUUAUUGGAGAAAAAUCCAGAUUCCAAAUAUAAGAACCUGAUGGUGUCUCGGGGAGCCCCUAAGCCAUCUAGUUUAGCACAAAAAGAGUAUCUCUCUCAGUCUUGCCCUUCUGUGUCCAACGUGGAGUAUCCGGAUAUGCCUCGGUCUCUCCCUUCCCACAUGGAAGAAGCUCCUAAUGUCUUUCAGCUGUAUCAGAGACCCAUUUCAGCUUCCCGGAAGAAGCAAAAGGAAGUCCAAGACAAGGACUGUCCCUUGACCCCACCUCCUUCUCCAACAGUAGAGGAGCCCAAGAUACUUGCUGGAAGGAGUAAAUUUGAUGAUUCCUUGGUCCAUAUCAAUAUAUUCUUGGUGGAUAAGAAGCAUCCAGAAUUCUCUUCCAGUUAUAAUCGAGUUAACCGGAGCAUUGAUGUUGAUUUUAACUGCUUGGAUGUGCUGAUCACACUGCAGACCUGGGUCAUGAUACUAGAUUUUUUUGGAAUUGGCUCCACUGCCAACAACCAUGCAGUGAAGGUGCCGCCUGAGGACAUUCUACAAAACGUGAAGCCAGAGUCAAGCGCUUUAAUAGAGUCUGAACUUCAGGAUCCAGUUAACACCAAACUGGAUCUCAAGGUUCAUUCGCUCUCUCUCGUGCUGAAUAAGACCACCAGUGAGCUUGCUAAAGCAAAUGUGUCCAAAUUAGUGGCACACCUGGAAAUGAUUGAGGGAGACCUGGCCUUACAGGGAAGCAUUGGGAGCCUGUCUCUGAGUGACCUUACAUCCCAUGGAGAGUUCUAUAGAGAACGGUUCACUACAAGUGGGGAAGAAGCACUCAUCUUCCAGACUUUCAAAUAUGGCGGGCCUGACCCGCUGCUCCGGAGGGAGUACGACAUUCGAGUGAGCCUCCAGAUGGCCUCCGUGCAGUAUGUGCACACCCAGCGCUUCCAGGCGGAGGUGGUGGCCUUCAUCCAGCACUUCACUCAGCUGCAGGACGUGUUAGGGCGCCAGCGAGCUGCUAUUGAGGGGCAGACGGUGAGAGAUCAAGCCCAGCGCUGUUCACGGGUUCUCCUGGAUAUUGAGGCUGGUGCUCCUGUUCUUCUUAUCCCAGAAAGUUCCAGAUCAAAUAAUCUGAUUGUAGCAAAUUUGGGGAAGUUGAAAGUCAAGAACAAGUUUCUCUUUGCUGGUAUUCCGGGGACCUUUACCUUACAAGAUAAGGAGUCUGUGCCUUCAGCUUCUCCAACUGGUACUCCCAAACACAGUGUGAGGAAAAUGACAAGUGUGGAGGACCCGAAAGGGACCCAUUCCGAGGGGCUGUUCAUGAUGCCUCCUGUUGGAAUGAGUCUAGGCAGCCUGAAGAGCGAGUUUGUGCCAAGUACUUCGACCAAGCAGCAAGGGCAGCAAGCCACACCCUCUGUUGGUCAGGUUUCCAGGAUUCCAGAAGACCACGUCUGCCUGCUGGAUUGCAUUGUCGUCGAUCUACAAGACAUGGACAUCUUUGCUGCAGAGAGACACCCACGAGAGUAUACUAAGGCCUUGGAAGACAGUAGUGGAGACCUGAUCUUCCCCUCCUAUUUUGUGCGACAGACAGGAGGAAGCCUCUUGACUGAGCCUUGUAGACUGAAAUUGCAGGUGGAAAGGAACUUGGACAAAGAAAUAAGUCAUACUGUGCCAGAUAUAUCUAUCCAUGGCAAUCUCUCCUCGGUCCAUUGCUCUCUGGAUUUGUACAAAUACAAGCUGAUCCGGGGUUUAUUGGAGAACAACCUUGGAGAGCCCAUAGAGGAAUUCAUGCGGCCUUAUGAUUUACAAGACCCAAGGAUUCAUACUGUUCUGAGUGGAGAAGUGUACACGUGCAUGUGUUUCCUCAUUGAUAUGGUAAAUGUAAGUCUGGAGCUGAAAGAUCCAAAAGGAAAAGAAGGUGCUGGGUCCUUAGCCAGAUUUGACUUCAAGAAAUGUAAACUGCUCUAUGAGAGCUUUUCCAACCAAACGAAGUCCGUUAACUUGGUUUCCCAUUCCAUGAUGGCUUUUGACACCCGCUAUGCUGGGCAGAAGACCAGUCCUGGCAUGACAAACGUAUUCACCUGUAUCUUUCAGCCCUCUAAGAACAGCAGCACUACCCAAGGAUCCAUUCAGAUCGAACUGCAUUUCAGGUCUACAAAGGAUUCCUCCUGUUUCACAGUAGUUCUCAACAAUCUCCGUGUGUUUCUCAUAUUUGACUGGCUGCUGUUAGUGCACGAUUUUCUCCACACCCCCAGUGAUAUUAAGAAGCAAACUAAAGUUACUCCUUCGCGCCACCGUAACUCUAGCAGCGAAUCUGCUGUAAUUCCCAAAACCGUGAAAAGUGGAGUAGUUACCAAACGGUCUUCCCUUCCUGUGUCUACUGAAAGGCACCUGGAGGUGAAGGUCAAUGUAACAGGCACGGAGUUUGUGGUCGUUGAAGAUGUGUCCUGCUUCGAUACCAACGCCAUUAUUCUCAAAGGCACCACAGUGCUCACCUAUAAGCCCCGGUUUGUCGAUCGGCCCUUUUCAGGAAGUUUGUUUGGCAUUGAGGUGUUUUCAUGCCGACUAGGAAAUGAGCAAGACACAGCUCUUUCAAUUGUUGAUCCAGUACAAAUUCAAGUGGAGCUGGUGGGGAAUUCUUCUUAUCAGAAUAGUUCAGGAUUGAUGGAUGCAUUCAAUAGUGAAGACUUCCCACCUGUCUUAGAGAUUCAGUUACAGGCCCUGGAUAUCAGACUCUCCUAUAAUGAUGUUCAGCUGUUUCUUGCCAUUGCAAAAUCCAUCCCAGAGCAAGCUAAUGCUGCAGUACCAGACACAGUGGCCCUGGAUGCUAAUUCCUUCAGCAGUUACCUUCCUGGUGCAUCUCGAAGGGGAGAGGAAAUCAGAGAAGGGACGAGACACACCUUAGACCCUGUCUUGGAGUUACAACUGGCUAGACUGCAGGAGCUGGGGUUUGGCAUGGAUGACUGCCGCAAAGCUCUCUUGGUGUGUCAAGGUCAACUGAAAAAGGCAGCAAGUUGGUUGUUCAAGAAUGCUGAACCCCUGACGUCUCUUUCCCUGGCCUCUAACAGCCGAGAGAGCCAGGUGGCUGCGCCGGCACGGUUGAUCUCGGGUGUGGAGAUGAAAGCUGAGAGCGUGUGCAUAUGCUUCAUCGACGACUGCAUGGACUGCGAUGUCCCUCUCGCUGAGCUCACCUUCUCCCGUCUGAAUUUUCUGCAGCAUGUAAGAACUAGCCCUGAAGGCUAUGCCCACUUCACCCUUUCUGGAGAUUAUUAUAACCGUGCUCUUUCAGGCUGGGAGCCAUUUAUUGAGCCCUGGCCGUGCUCUGUAUCCUGGCAACAACAGGCAGCUAGUCGUCUCCAUCCUCCUCGGCUGAAGCUGGAAGCCAAGGCCAAACACCGUUUGGAUAUCAAUAUCACCUCCGUACUAACUGACCAGUAUAUAAGUACCAAGGAAUCGUGGAUGGCAGAUUACUGUAAACAGGAUAAGGAAAUAGAUUCAACCACUUCGGAAGACUGGAUGGGCUCUUCAGUGGAUCCUCCGUGCUUUGGACAAAGCCUCCCCCUUGUCUACCUUAGAACUAGGAGUACAGCCAGUCUGACUAACCUAGAGCACCAGAUCUAUGCUAGAGAGAUGAAGGCCCCAAAACGCCGGCAGCCAUUCGUCCCUUUUGCUCUGAGGAAUCACACGGGCUGCACUUUGUGGUUUGCCACCCUGACUACCACGCCCACCAGGGCUGCACUGUCUCACAGCGGGAGUCCAGGGGUGGCUCCAGAAGGGAACGGAACAUUUCUUGACGAUGCUCACAAUGUUAGCGAGUGGCGGGAAGUCCUCACGGGUGAAGAGAUUCCCUUUGAAUUUGAAGCAAGAGGAAAGCUAAGGCACAGACACACCCAUGACCUCCGGAUCCAUCAACUGCAAGUGAGAGUGAAUGGCUGGGAGCAAGUGAGCCCAGUGUCAGUGGACAAAGUCGGGACUUUUUUCCGUUACGCUGCGCCAGAUAAGAAUUCCUCUUCCUCUACGAUUGGCAGCCCAAGCAGUAGGACAAAUAUUAUCCAUCCCCAGGUUUAUUUCUCUUCACUCCCACCUGUCCGGGUCGUCUUUGCAGUGACCAUGGAAGGCAGUGCUCGGAAAGUGAUCACUGUCCGAUCAGCCCUCAUUGUGAAGAACAGACUUGAGACUCCAAUGGAACUAAGACUGGACAGCCCAUCAGCUCCAGACAAGCCUGUGGUCCUUCCCGCCAUCAUGCCAGGUGAUUCAUUUGCCGUGCCUUUACACCUCACUUCUUGGCGGCUACAGGCCCGGCCCAAAGGGCUGGGUGUGUUUUUCUGUAAGGCUCCUAUUCACUGGACCAAUGUAGUGAAGACUACAGAGGUUAGUAGCAGCAAACGAGAGUGCCACUCUAUGGAUGCGGAAAAAAGCCGAUUCUUCAGGUUUUGUGUGGCCAUAAAGAAAGAGAAUUAUCCAGAUUACAUGCCCUCCAACAUAUUUUCUGACAGUGCAAAACAGAUUUUCAGACAGCCUGGGCAUACCAUAUAUCUCCUGCCCACAGUGGUAAUCUGCAACUUGCUACCUUGUGAACUUGAUUUUUACGUUAAAGGAAUGCCCAUUAAAGGGACACUGAAACCUGGCAAGGAGGUGGCUCUCCACACAGCUGAUACCUCCCAGAACAUUGAACUGGGGGUGUCAUUGGAAAAUUUUCCACUCUGUAAAGAAUUGCUUAUUCCACCUGGAACCCAAAACUAUAUGGUAAGAAUGAGGCUCUAUGACAUCAACCGGCGGCAGCUGAACCUCACCAUCCGGAUCGUGUGUCGAGCAGAAGGAUCUUUAAAGAUCUUCAUUUCGGCUCCGUAUUGGUUGGUUAACAAAACAGGGCUCCCACUGAUCUUCAGACAGGACAAUGCAAGAAUGGAUGCUGCAGGCCAGUUUGAGGAGCAUGAGCUGGCCCGGAGCCUGAGCCCUCUCUUGUUCUGCUACGCUGACAAAGAGCAGCCCAGCCUCUGCACGAUGAGAAUCGGAAGGGGGAUUCAUCCUGAAGGCAUGCCGGGCUGGUGUCAGGGCUUCUCACUGGAUGGUGGUAGUGGUGUCCGAGCUUUGAGAGUCAUCCAGCAAGGAAACCGCCCAGGGCUGAUCUAUAACAUUGGUAUUGAUGUCAAGAAAGGCCGAGGCCGAUAUAUCGACACCUGUAUGGUAAUCUUUGCUCCCCGUUACCUGUUAGAUAAUAAAUCAUCUCACAAGCUUGCAUUUGCACAGAGGGAAUUUGCCAGGGGACAGGGAACAGCCAAUCCUGAAGGUUACAUUUCCACCCUUCCUGGUUCCAGUGUGGUGUUCCAUUGGCCUCGGAAUGACUACGAUCAGCUGUUAUGUGUCCGAUUGAUGGAUGUUCCCAAUUGUAUUUGGUCUGGAGGCUUUGAAGUCAACAAGAAUAAUUCCUUCCAUAUCAACAUGAGAGACACUCUGGGAAAAUGCUUCUUCCUGCGUGUGGAAAUUACUCUUCGAGGAGCUACCUAUAGGAUCUCCUUUAGUGAUACAGAUCAGUUACCCCCUCCCUUCCGAGUUGACAACCUUUCUAAGGUCCCGGUUGUCUUCACUCAGCAUGGCGUUGCUGAACCCAGGCUCCGAACUGAAGUGAAGCCCAUGACUUCCUUGGAUUAUGCCUGGGACGAACCCACCCUGCCACCUUUUAUCACUCUGACUGUUAAAGGGGCAGGUUCCUCUGAGAUCAACUGCAACAUGAAUGAUUUCCAGGAUAACCGACAGCUUUAUUACGAAAAUUUCAUUUACAUUGCUGCUACAUAUACGUUCUCUGGUUUACAGGAGGGGACAGGACGGCCUGUGGCUUCCAACAGAGCCAUUACCUGUGCAGAGCUCGUCUUGGAUGUCUCACCAAAGACGCAGAGAGUCAUUUUAAAGAAGAAGGAGCCAGGGAAGCGCUCUCAGCUGUGGAGGAUGACUGGAACAGGCAUGCUGGCCCACGAGGGCUCUUCCGUGCCUCACAACCCCAGCAAGCCCUUGGCCGCCCGCCCCACCGAGGGCUCUGCCAUCUUAGAUAUUGCUGGUCUUGCUGCAGUCACUGACAACAGAUACGAGCCUCUGAUGCUAAGAAAGCCUGAUCGUAGGCGAAGCACAACCCAGACGUGGAGUUUCCGAGAAGGGAAACUGACCUGUGGUUUACAUGGGUUGGUUGUCCAGGCCAAAGGAGGGCUUUCUGGUUUGUUUGACGGAGCUGAAGUCGUUCUUGGUCCGGACACAUCCAUGGAGCUUUUGGGGCCAGUUCCACCUGAACAACAAUUUAUUAACCAAAAAAUGAGGCCUGGUUCUGGAAUGUUAUCCAUCAGGGUCAUCCCAGAUGGACCAACUAGAGUGCUCCAGAUAACAGAUUUCUCCCAGCGGAAAAGUGACCGUUCAUCGUACGAAGUGGAUGAACUUCCUGUUACAGAUCAAGAGCUGCAGAAAUUAAAGAACCCAGACACAGAGCAGGAAUUGGAAGUGCUUGUGAAGUUAGAAGGUGGAAUUGGGUUGUCUUUAAUUAAUAAAGUCCCAGAAGAACUGGUCUUUGCAAGUCUUACGGGAAUCAAUGUGCACUACACACAGCUGGCCACCAGUCAUAUGCUAGAACUCAGCAUACAGGAUGUACAGGUGGACAAUCAGCUCAUUGGCACCACGCAGCCCUUCAUGCUCUUUGUGACUCCACUGAGCAAUGAGAAUGAGGUCAUUGAGACAGGCCCUGCUGUGCAAGUGAACACGGUGAAGUUCCCCAGUAAGAGUGCACUGACCAACAUCUACAAGCAUCUGAUGGUCACGGCUCAGAGAUUCACGGUACAAAUUGAGGAGAAACUGCUCCUCAAGCUGCUGAGUUUCUUUGGCUACGAUCAGGCAGAAUCAGAGGUGGAAAAAUAUGACGAAAACCUCCACGAAAAGACAGCUGAGCAAGGUGGGACGCCAAUUCGAUACUACUUUGAAAAUCUCAAAAUCAGCAUCCCCCAGAUCAAGCUGAGCGUGUUCACCUCCAACAAGCUACCACUGGAUCUCAAGGCCCUAAAAAGCACCUUGGGAUUUCCAUUGAUUCGGUUUGAAGAUGCCGUGAUUAAUCUGGAUCCAUUCACUCGGGUACAUCCCUAUGAGACCAAAGAAUUCAUCAUCAAUGAUAUCCUCAAACAUUUCCAGGAGGAACUCCUCAGCCAGGCAGCUCGAAUCCUGGGAUCGGUGGACUUCCUUGGCAAUCCCAUGGGGCUUUUGAAUGAUGUUUCUGAAGGGGUGACUGGACUGAUAAAGUAUGGAAAUGUUGGGGGCCUUAUCAGAAAUGUUACACACGGAGUGUCAAACUCUGCUGCCAAGUUUGCGGGGACGUUGUCAGAUGGCUUAGGGAAGACGAUGGACAACCGCCAUCAGUCGGAGCGGGAGUACAUCAGAUACCACGCGGCCACGAGUGGUGAACACCUUGUAGCUGGCAUCCACGGCCUGGCUCACGGUAUCAUUGGUGGACUGACCAGUGUUAUAACCUCAACGGUGGAAGGUGUGAAAACAGAAGGGGGUGUCAGCGGUUUCAUAUCUGGCCUUGGGAAGGGGCUUGUUGGCACUGUAACCAAGCCAGUGGCAGGCGCCCUGGACUUUGCAUCAGAAACAGCCCAGGCGGUGAGAGACACAGCCACACUUAGUGGCCCCAGGACCCAAGCACAGAGGGUACGGAAACCACGGUGCUGCACAGGGCCCCAGGGCCUGCUUCCCCGCUAUUCUGAGAGCCAGGCCGAAGGGCAGGAGCAGCUCUUCAAACUAACAGACAACAUACAAGAUGAAUUCUUCAUAGCCGUGGAGAACAUCGACAGCUACUGUGUGCUCAUCUCCUCCAAGGCUGUCUACUUCCUGAAAAGCGGAGACUGCCUAGACCGGGAGGCCAUUUUCCUGGAAGUCAAGUACGACGACCUCUACCACUGCCUCGUCUCCAAAGACCACGGCAAGGUGUACGUGCAGGUGACCAAGAAGGCCGUGAACACGAGCAGUGGGGUGUCCAUGCCCGGCCCUUCCCACCAGAAGCCGCUGGUCCACGUGAAAUCAGAGGUCCUUGCUGUCAAGUUAUCACAAGAAAUAAACUAUGCAAAGAGCCUUUACUAUGAACAGCAACUUAUGUUAAGACUCAAUGAAAACCAAGAGCAGUUGGAGCUGGACUCCUGAGAAACCCCAGCUGCCGGAGGGACACUCCCAGACGUAGACCCCCAGCCAGUCAGGGGGAGAGAGGCCCGCGGGCUUGGCUUAAAUUAGAGGAAACCAGAAUAAGGUUUGGGGGAUGCCGUCAGGAGGGAGAGGACAUACUGGUGACAGGGGUUACAAAUGGAACCAUAUUAAUUUGUGGGGCAGGGGGUUACUUUCGAUUAUGGGGAGGUGAUUUUUAAGAGGCAUUGGUUGAAUAACGUUUAAAA